AUGGCUCCUAAAAGAGAACCCUCCAUUAAGAAGUCGCCUUCACAAGUGAUCCAACCCAGACUGGGUCCCCCUUAUCCCUGUCUGCCUUCGGCUCCUGCAGCACCAAAACCAGCUCCAGAGCAGAAGCCUAGGAUGCUGCGUCCCUCGGAUUCACCAUUUGACCCCAGUACUUUGGAGAUUGAAUUUAACCUGGAUCAGAUUCAUGAGUUUAAGGAGGCAUUCCUGUUGUUUGACAAGACAGGAGAUGGGAAGAUCAGCUACAGCCAGUGUGGGGAUGUCAUGCGGGCCCUGGGACAGAACCCUGUCAACGCUGAGGUGCUCAAGGUCCUGGGCAACCCCAAGGCUGAGGAGAUGAAUACCAAGAUGCUAGACUUUGAGCAGUUCCUGCCCAUGUUCCAGGCCAUUGCUAAGAAUAAAGAUCAGGGCUCCAUGGAGGAUUUUGUGGAGGGACUGCGUGUCUUUGACAAGGAGGGCAACGGCACAGUAAUGGGAGCAGAGCUACGUCACGUCCUUACCACGCUAGGUGAGAAAAUGACAGAGGAGGAGGUCGAGACACUCUUGGCGGGACAUGAAGAUGCAAAUGGCUGUAUCAAUUAUGAAGAACUGGUCAGGAUGGUGAUGAGCGGGUAAAGACGAAGAGCAUCCCAGUUUUGUUUUUUUGUUUUUUUUCCUUUUCCAUGGAUUUGCUUUCCACAUUUAAUUUAAGAAGUGCCUUUACAUUCCCUAAAGACCACAAAAUGAGGCUGGCUUUGCUGCCAGGUCAAUUCACAUAUGUGACCAACUUGUAUGCAUUGUAAUACUUUCAGCAACAUACUGUACUAUUGGCUAAAACUUAGUUAGGCUGAGGAAGAUGUUCCUCUGAUUCUGCAGUAAACCAGUAUAUUCAAAGCCAUACUAUCAUGAGGUAGAAACAUUUCAGAUGGGUUCCCAUGUUUUUAAUUGACCCCAGUUAUGUUGCUUCAUUUAAAUAAAUGUUUUUCCUGAAAACCUA